AUGGCAUCUCCAGGGGCCCCAGCACCCCCGCCCGAGAUACCAGAGCAGAACUGCUGGUACCGUGAGGUCCAGUACUGGGACCAGCGCUACCGGAAUGCGGCUGACUCUGCCCCUUACGAGUGGUUCGGGGACUUCUCCUCCUUCCGUGCACUCCUAGAGCCGGAGCUGCGGCCCGAAGACCGUAUCCUCGUGCUAGGCUGUGGGAACAGUGCCCUGAGCUAUGAGCUGUUUCUUGGAGGCUUCCCUGAUGUGACCAGUGUGGACUACUCAUCAGUGGUGGUGGCUGCUAUGCGGGCUCGCUAUGCCCAUGUGCCCAACCUGCGCUGGGAGACCAUGGAUGUGCGGGCCUUGGACUUCCCCAGUGGCUCCUUCGAUGUGGUGCUUGAGAAGGGCACACUGGAUGCCCUGUUAGCUGGAGAACGAGAUCCCUGGACUGUGUCUUCUGAAGGUGUCCACACUGUGGACCAGGUGCUGAGUGAGGUGAGCCGGGUGUUGGUCCCUGGAGGCCGGUUCAUCUCAUUGACCUCAGCUGCGCCCCACUUUCGGAUCAGACACUAUGCCCAAGCCCAAUAUGGCUGGUCCCUGAAGCAUGCAACCUAUGGCAGUGGCUUCCACUUCCAUCUUUACCUCAUGCAGAAGGGUAAAGAACUCACUGUAGCCCAACUUGCCCUUGGGACUGAGAUCCUCUCACCCGCUAGACCUCCCACCUCACCCUGCUUCCUCCAGGACUCGGAUCACGAGGACUUCCUCAGUGCCAUUCACCUGUGA